GGUGCCUGCGUCCCUGCUGGCGCUCUUGUUGUGAUUGACGGAGAGUCAUGCUGAACUUUCGCUUUGCUUUCUGCCGUCUCCAUUAUGUUUUGAAUGCGUAAAGGACGAUGUCAGAAAUACUGAUGAAGGAAAUGGAGAGUCUGUCGAUCGGCCCCGUGAAGCCAGAGCAGGGGGACGGGCCCCGGAGCUUCCUGCUGGUGGACGAACAGGAAAACCUGAAGGUGCAGAAUGAGGCUGAGUUCGUGGAGCUGCUCGGCUGCGCGGACGUGGCCGGGGUCAAGGUGCUCUCCAUCUUUGGCAACACCGGCGACGGCAAGUCCCACACGCUCAACCACAUCCUGUUCGGGGGCGAGAGCGUGUUCAGCACCUCCAUGUCGCCCAGCUCCUGCACGGUGGGGGUGUGGGCCGCCUACGACCCCUCUCUGGGCCUGAUCGCUCUGGAUACGGAGGGCCUGUUGGGAGCGGCGGCCAAUCAGAACCAGAGAAUGCGUCUCCUUCUCAAGGUUCUGGCCGUGUCCGACAUCGUGGUCUACCGCACCCGGGCCGAGCGCCUGCACAACGACAUGUUCCACUUCCUGAGCAGCGCGUCCAGGGCCUACCUGAAGCACUUCACCCGGGAGCUGAAGGCCCUGUCCAGUCGCUGUGGUCUGGACGUGCCCCUGUCCUCCCUCGGGCCUGCCGUCGUCGUCUUUCAGGAGACUACGCACACCCAGCUGCUGGGCCACGAUUCGAAGGGGCCCGGUUACGCUGACACCCUCCUUCAGAAGCGCUUCCAUGACCUGGGUCUGGGAACGGAGGCCUUCAGCUCGGUCCAGUAUGUCGGCACCCAGACCGUCACGCCCCCCACGGACUACGGCAAGCUGCUGGAGGCCGUCAGGCAGCAAGUGAGCAACACUCACACUCGCUCCCCCCGCCAGCCCGGGAUAGUGUUUCACGCUCUGGAGGCUCUGAGCGAGCGUUUCUGCGGGGAGCUUUUAGACGAUAAGAUGACGCUGUACUCCUUCUUCCCUGACGAGUACUUCACCUGCUCCUCCGUGUGCCUCAGCUGCAACAUCCGCUGUAAAAACGGCAUGAACCAUCUAAGAGACCGGGUCCCCCACAUGGCUGACGGACUCUGCCAGUUCGCACACCAGUACAACAACAAGGUCCUCAUCUGUAAGCGCUGCUAUGAAGGAGGCAGGGAGGUGAUCGUCGUGCCCAAAACCUCCGCUUCCUCUGACAACCAGUGGUUUGGACUGGCCAAAUACGCCUGGUCGGGGUAUGUGUUGGAGUGCGCCAGCUGCGGCGUAAUCUACAGGAGCAGGCAGUACUGGAUGGGCAACCAGGACCCUGAGAGCGGCGUGGUGCGCUCCGAGGUCAAACACGUCUGGGAGGAUGCCGACACCUUCCUGACCAACCACCAGAACGCUGCGCAGAGGGUUCUGGACGGGAUGAACUACGUGAUCCAGUCGGUGUCGGAGUACGGCACGGGCCCCACCAAAGCGGUCACCGCCUGGCUCACCGACCAGGUGGCUCCUCCGUACUGGAGGCCCAACGCAGAGAUCACCGCCUGCCACGGGUGUCAGAAGGAGUUUGAGGAGGUGGAGAGGAAGCAUCACUGUCGAUCGUGCGGCGAGGGUUUCUGCCAUCCCUGCUCCAGCCACAGGAUGCCUGUGCCAGAGAGGGGCUGGGGCAGCAGCCCCGUGCGGGUGUGUAAGGCCUGCUACAGGCAGGGAGGACCCCCGGACACCAACAGCCAGGUGUGCAAAGUGGAGCCUCGGGGUCUGAUAGCUCGCAGGGUGACGGAGGUGGCCCAGUCUACGGUGGACAUGGUCUCCACAGCCUUGGACUACCCGCGCUCUUUCGUGAAGGACGUGGCGCGGCCGGACUACUGGGUGCCGGACCACGACAUCACCCAGUGCCACCAGUGCUCGAGGACCUUCACCCCAGCCGUGUCCAAGCACCACUGCAGGGCCUGCGGGCAGGGGGUGUGCGGCCCCUGCUCCUCCCACAUAAAGCCGGUGCCCUCCCGGGGCUGGGACCACCCGGUCCGGGUGUGCGACGGCUGCUUCGCCCGCACCGACGCCCUGUGACCACGGCGCUCGGAGAGACUUGGCGGUCUUCCUCGCAUCGGUGCCGCUCAGCGACGCCGGCGCUCCAGGACACGGCACAGGAUGGACCCGACAGCGCUGGGGUUAAACUUGGAAGCAGUCGGCGCUGAUAAAACAUCUACUUUCACCCUCUGCCUUUACUUUGCAAACUGGUUCUGUGUCGGUCGCCAGACGUACAAUCCAGCCACAGGUCGCUUUUCCUGCAGCCCUUCCCCCGUCAGUCCCACGGCUCUGAGCCCAACCGGGUAGGAAACGAGCUGGACGCUGUCCGUUUAACGGGCUGCUUUUAAAACGGAAGGCAUCCGUCUCCUCGGUUCUCAUCAAAUCGCAACAGAACUUAAACUCUCUACUGCACUUUAGACGAUUGUUUUCCCCCUUCCUGCAGCGGGCUGAUCGUCCUCACCUGGAAUUAGAGACAAGCUGGAAUAACGUCAACGGGAUAUUUAAUGGUUAGAUUCCCUAAGCCAUUGAAAGCAUCUUCUCGUUCUCUUGUUUGAUUUUUUUUUUGCACAGCCUCUAGGAGAGCAGGGAUUGUGUUUUUAAAACCUUUGAGUUAAAAAACUAGCGGCUGUUCUUAAGGGGGGGAAAGGCUGACCUGCAGCUGCAUGUGCCUUCAUGGGUAUAUUACUACUCACUUCAACAUAUCAUUUAAUUAUGGAGUUUAUAUUCACUUGCAGCCUUGAUCAUCAAACUAAUUUGCAGUCGUUUGCUACGUUGUGAAAGGGACGAGAGCGAAAUCAAUAUCUCGGGACAUUUCGACAUUCCAGCGGGUUAAAAGCCGCGGAGUGCCAGGGUAGAUUUACUUCUCCUCAGAAAGCUGCACUAAACCAGAGAGGCUGGUCUUUUAACCACAUGUAAAUGUAACAAUGACUUUACAAGUUUGACUGGAAAAUUAUAGCAUUUCUGUGUCACAGGUUCAUGCUUUAGUUUUUUUUUCUCUGUGUAAAAAAUAAAUAAAUAAGAAAUACAGUUUUUAUUCAAUUCUGGCAAUUGAAACUCUUGACUUUGAUUAUAAAUAGAAUAGCAUUGACCAAAUAAAGACAAAAUCGUCUUUCUU